GCCGUUCUUUAGGUAAGAAAUAUAUUUAAGUGCUUAAGUGAAUCGUUAUUUUCCCAAAAAAAUAUCUAAUAAAUUUAUUAAGUACAUUCUCCAACUUCUUUAACAUAACUUCGAUAAUUUUCUUCACCAGUUUUUGUAAAAAUAAAUGUUAACUUCACCCAUCACACCUAAUAAUACUUGUUAGUAGUAGUAAGUACUAUCUAUAUAUUUUAUGCUCGUAGUUACUCAUACAAAAAUUUAACAGUGAUUUUUUUAAUAAAACAAAAGAAACGGAUGUUGAAAUCUUUAUCUGCAGCGGCUCAAAGCAAAUACCUACGUUCAAUUGUUUCCGAACGCGUGGCCCGUAUAAUCACACUGGACAAUUGGAGUUAGGUACCACACCACAGGCAGCCAAGAUCCAACGCUCAGUCCACGCUGUCCUGGCGCACGAGCCACACGAGAAUCGCUACCCUGGACAAAAAAACAGUUCAGUUCGAAAUCGAACAAUAAAACCUUUUUUAAAAUUGUGAAAAUUUGUCUCUGGUCUGAUGAAUGGGAUGUUCUAGUGAAAUGCCGUUGUUUAUGGAUGACUCUGGUGCAAACUAAGAAUACCUAAACAUCCAAAAUGCCUGACCCACACAGAACGUUCAUCCCAAUGGAAAUAAGUCGAACCACUAAAAUGGAUUCAGAAAACCUUCUGAAAUCAAUAUCUUGACGAAUGAAUCGCCAAACAAGAUGGCAUCCGAUUCAGCUUCGAUUGAAAUGCAAACACGCAGCGAUGACAAAGAUAAGAAAACGGAGAAGCCGGGACUUUCAGCAGGGAAGAUAUUCUACAAGCCUGGUGUCAUUGAGGAAGAGACUGAUGAGACCAGUGCUUAUGACAGCUCCAUGGUGGAAUCCCCAAUGCUUUACAGUGGGAGCGGUCUUCUGAGACCGACACAGAUUCAUCCGUCGAGCAGCCUCCAUCGCAUACCAACGUACAGCAGCUCUAUUGGUCAAAGCACGGUGUAUCGCCAAGACACUUGCAGGAGCCGAACGCACAGAUAUGGCGUACCGCGCAGAUCGAGAAGGAGAGCUAUUCUCAAAAACGGAGAGUGCAAUAUACUCAAGUCGAGAAUCUCCCAAAGGCGGCUGAGGUUCCUACAGGACAUGUUCACGACUCUCGUCGAUGCGCAGUGGCGAUGGACCCUACUCGUGUUCACAUUAUCCUUUAUCUUAUCGUGGCUAGGAUUCGCUUUAAUUUGGUGGCUGAUAGCAUUCACACAUGGAGAUUUGGAACUCGAUCAUUUACCACCGAUGCAAGAAACGACUAAUUGGAAGCCCUGCGUAUUUAACAUAUUUGAUUUUACUUCCUGUUUCUUGUUCAGUAUUGAAACACAACAUACUAUUGGAUAUGGUUCUCGCACGACCACUGAGGAAUGUCCAGAAGCGAUUUUCAUAAUGUGUCUCCAGAGUAUCGUCGGUGUUAUGAUUCAAGCCUUUAUGGUCGGUAUAGUGUUUGCUAAGAUGACGAGGCCAAAACAUAGAACACAAACACUUUUAUUCUCGAGAUAUGCCGUUAUAUGUCAGAGAGACGGGGAAUUGAGCUUAAUGUUCAGAGUGGGUGAUUUGAGAAAGUCACAUAUCAUAGGAGCCAGUGUAAGGGCACAGCUAAUCCGAUCUCGAACAACGAAGGAGGGAGAGGUGCUGUCCCACUACCAGACUGAAUUAGAAUUGAACGCUGACGGAUGUGACAGCAACCUGUUCUUCAUUUGGCCCAUUACAAUGGUGCACAAAAUAAAUGCUGACAGUCCUUUCUACGGGGUAUCUGCGGCGGACAUUCUGCAAGAGAGGUUCGAAAUAGUAGUAAUAUUAGAAGGUACUAUAGAGUCGACUGGGCAGACGACACAAGCGCGCUCCAGUUACACAACCAGUGAAUUAAUGUGGGGACAUAGAUUUGUGCCGCUAGUGUCAUAUAACCGUGAACGUCAAGGGUACGAGGUAGAUUACUCCAAAUUCGAUGAAACGACACAAGUGGACACGCCGCUCUGUUCCGCUAAGGAGCUGGAUGAGUUUUACGGAAGCCAGGGUGACCGCAGAUCUAUCGGAUUCAUCAGCCCCAACUCUCCGAUUAUUCUUCGCGACUCCGUGAAUAGUGAAUCACCAACGAGCUCUCCGUUGGCUCGUUUAUCAGACAGGCUGGUGGUAGACGCCAUCAGAAGGGCCAGCAUUGGUACCAGACCUGCGGUGGUGAAGUACCCGCCUGACUAUUUCAAUGGCCCGGAGCACUCCUCGUCGUCCAGUGAGGACGAUGCCAAAGAAAACAAGAGGAAUUCCAAGAAAAUUACGGAUUAAGUUCAUGCUUAUACAUUUGUGUACUUGUGAGCUGGAUAAAAAUCUUUAAAGCGUUAUGAUAGACACCAAUUAAUAGUUUUACAGCGCCUGGAAAACGGGUGAAAAGCUUUUUAUAUUAUAUUUUGAUGAAUGAAUAUAUUUAUAAAAAAACUCUUGGUGAUAAGUGAAAAAGUGCCAUCUCUUGACGAGUAGCAAAACUACAGUUUAGGGUACAAGUAAAUUAACAAUUUUAUUUCUCAGUAAAGUCAAAUCUAGUUGUGUAUUUGAGGGUGUAUCAAUAAAAGACUUGUUUCAUACUAAUUGAUAAUAUUUAUUAUCGUACUAGCUAUCAGGCAAAGCUUCUGUAUGGCAGCGCCCGCGCCGCUUUUAGGACCCCUGGCAAAAUGAACACUUAAGACUUUAGAAUACAACAACAUUUGAAAAAACAUUAUUAUUCCACAGACUGAAAAUGUUCGUUUUGAAAUAUUAAAUAUUUUCCUAUUAAAAUAUUUUGUAAAUAUAACAAGCAUUAGAAAGACUAACACUUAAUAUAUUUGUAUCAAUUUAUUUAAAAAUAUAGUAAUCUUAAGCCUAACAAAGUGCCUAUCUCUUAUUGGAAGCCGAAUAAUACUUUGUUUUGACUUAUUUUUUAGGUUAUCACAUCCUUUUGUUGUACAUAUUUAUAGUGAAAUAUAAUCAUGCUAACAUACAAUUCGGUUGUUUUAUAACAAGUAGAAUAAGUGUAAGAUAUAAGCACCAUAAGGGUAUAGGUAAUUUCUAUCACCGAUAUAUUAUGAUUCUUAAAGAAAUGGAAGCACUAUAAUUGUCAAAUUCUUGAUGAUUACAACAUAUUCUCAAAAACACAAAAAAAUGAAAGAUAAGUACAUCCAAGCAGAUAUAUAUAAAUUUAAAAAAAUACAUAUAGGUAAAGCAUUGGAUGGUUAUACCCUGUAGUAUCUAAGAUGUAUAAUAUAACAGUUUAACACGCCGUAUACAUUAGGCACUUUUGAUAUAAGCUACUAAGUACAUUUACAAGGCCUUAAGUAAGUAAAGCAAGUAACACUUUUUGAAUAUGUAGUUUCAAUAAUUUAUAACAAUAUUUAUGGAUUUAAUCCAACUAAGUAUUAAAUUUAAUAUUUGUUUAACUUCAUUAACUGGAUUUAAAUUCAAUGGGAAGGUUUAAAUAUUUUAUUAUUGCAAAAAUAUUUGUGCCCUUAGACGUAUAAAUUAUACCUAGUUAUGUAGGGGAACUAAAAAUGUACCGAUUACUGAAUGCAAAACAGGCUUAAUUUGAGCAGUGCCAAAUUCAUACUAAAUGGAAAAAUCGUCUAAAAGCGCUUAUUGUGUAGAAUUGUUGUUAAUUAUUUCUUUUUUUAUGAGUAAAACAAAUUGCUACCACAUAAAUUUAACCAGGCGUCAACGCCUAGUCAAAUAUUUAAAUAGAGGCCGCAUUAUUUUUUUAUUUUUAUUGUUCGUGUAAAAAUAGUUAAAUAAAAUAUAUUUUGAAUCACAUGCAUUUCAAGAUGCAGUGGUCACAGGAAUACAAGAAGUAAUUUAUGGGUACCUAUAUAAGGGAAAUUUAUAAGAAGUUUAACUAGAAUCGUAGUGAAGAAAAAGUACUAAAACUUAGCGGCACGAUAUUUUUUUAUCUGAAAAAGUACUCAUUUGGAUUUAUUUAGAUUAGCUGUUUGUCGUCAUUCAUUAAAGGUAAACACAAUUUUUAAAAUAGCUUAAUAUAUAUUAAACUAAAUACAACCCUAUCUAGAACAGAGCAAUAAUUCAAAGAAAAAGAUGGUAUAUUUUUUUAAGUAUAUUUGUGGGUAGUCCCUGCCCUCUAUCGGUAAGUAGUGGUACUAAAUAGUAUUUAAAGAAUAAAUUGUCGGAAAAGGAAGUGCGUUUUAAGUCGAUGAGGGAGGCGUUUUAAAAAUAAUUCGUAUCUAAAAAAUAUGGUAAUAUUACUACUUAAUUUUGACAAUUUUGAGUCUUUUUAAGACUUACGAAUAAAUAACGUGACCUAAUUAACAAUUUGGUAUACGAAACUGCGUUUUGAAGCACUUAACUAUAAUUUAUUUAACGUACCUACUGAAACAGUCUGUGUUACUUUACAAAUGUAUUUUUAUAUACAUUUUUUUUAUGCCCGCAAACAAUUGACUUUACGAUCAGCAAGCAGCUAUUAUAUUCAAGCUUAUUGCAAAAACUAAUUAAAAUAAUUACAUUUUUAUCUGUAUAUAUGAACUUCUAUUGAUUGUGUAUCCGUUGUAAUUUACUUCCGUCAUUUUCAAUAUGUACAUUUGCUGAUAGUAAUUUCAAUCGUAAACCAUUACUUUAAAUUUUACAAUACCUCUCCAAUUGUACUAUUCGAAUGGAAGAUUUCAAACUCAAUCGCGUAAGUUUACACAAUGGCAUUAUUUUCAGUUAUUUUGCGCCUUUGUCACUAGAUGGCGCUCCCUUCCAAUGUUUUCUAGUUCACACAAACACGUGUUAAUUUGAUAAAAGCUCUCAAUAUCAACGUUUGUGUAAGUAAGUAUAUCAUUUAAUGGACAAGUCAUAUCAUAACGAGCUCAUUAAAAUUUUCGACGCUUUCACUGAUGUAAAAUCUGACGUGCAAAUUGUUAUUAUUGAUGUUCUUCUCAGCUCCCUGUACAGUUAUCUUGCUUUCCCUCUCUGGCUUGUCAGUUGUAGGAUUGUGGUCUCGCAGUAUUCGUCAAGCGGGUUCGGAGUCCGCUGACGUCACAAGAAUGGGUAUUACUUGCUUCUUCUCCGCUAUAUGAUUGGUGCUUGGAGACCUUUAAACAAUGAAAAUUUUCACAUUUAGUUUUCUUUACAAAAUACUUAUAGCUUGUUCUCCUGAAGAUGUUUUAAUGGAUUAACUAAAAUUUAUAGGAAAAUAUUUCUUUAUUACUAUACUUGUAAAGAGUCACGAUUGGGUACAAUAAAAAAUUGCCUCUUUUCAGUACAUACUAGGUACUAUCACGGCUUUAAUUGUACUUAUAUAAUAUAAUGGCCUUUUCGAAAAACAGGAAACCUGAGUUUUUGAGUCAAAACCAACGAAACAUUACAUAUAAUUUAGGAGCUUUUCAGACAAAAUUUAAGGUAAGUAUAGUAGACAAAAUCACCUACAUAAAUAACGUAGUUUAUUUUCACAGUAAAGUUAACUUCUUCAGAUAUUGGCCAGACUCUUUUAGUAUUCCAAGAAGACUGAAUUAGUUACACAAUAUCCCUUAUAAAAUGAUUUUCAUUCCUACGCUUUAGUGGGGUUAUUACCAUUAUCAAUUGCCUUAUAGCGUCCUGAUGCCAAAUGGUGUAAUGGAGAAAAGUGCGGGAAUUUAAGGGGCCCUUUACUCAGUAGCGGCAUCACGAGCUUCUCUAAAAUAUUCCUAGAAAACAAUAAUAUAGAGGCUUUUCAUUAUGAAAUAUUGAGUAGGUAUGUACACAUUAAUCAUCUCUUGGGAUAAACAAUGUAUUUUUGUAAACACACAAGAUAACGGUUCGGUGGAAGAUUUUCAACUCAGUUCAGAAUUUAAUAAUAAACAACAUAAUAUUUGAUUAGCAAUAUUUUACAGUUAUUAUUAUCUUUUCGUUGUUAACUUAACACUCGAAUACUGAAGAUUCAGAUUAUUUUUGACGGGUAAUUAUUAAAAUUUGGCAUAAUCUUGUUGCUCCAGAAUUUGGCAUAACGCACUUGGCAUAACUUCUUCAAAAAUUAUGUAAUUUUUGAUUGAGCGAAUGUUUAUGUACGAACUCAUAAUGACAUACUUUUAAGCUCGCAGAAUUUUAUUUGGCUUAAUUACCUUUGGCAAAAAAACUGCAUAAUUUCACUAAGCAUAAUGUUUAUUUCUUAUAAUAGAGGGUUAGGAUAGGUUAGUGUUGUGACCUAAAUUAAGCCAGCCAAAUGAUAUUGAAUUUAUGCAUAUUAAAUAUAUUAUAUUUAUGCCUAAGGAUGAUUCUGGCAUUUAAAAUUUUGCGUUUGAAAGUCUGCUAAAUUAGUGAAUGCCGAAUGAUUAUCUGCGAAAUGAAGUUGAUGCCAUCAGCUGAUACGCAUAAUAAUAUUUUGUCAUUAAAAGUUGUGCAAAACAAGGUAGACCCAAUUUUUUAUAGCUGCUUAACUUCAAAUAAGGUAAGCUAAACACAGUUUUAGUAAAUUAAAUUGCUGGCAUAUAUGCAAUCAAAAACCAUAUUGCUUAUUUAAUUGAAAUCUCUAAAUUGAAGAUUUUUGCAGCUAGACUGCUUCAGGUGGUAUUUAAUCAAUUAGACUUUAACUUAAAAGCCGCAUCUUCUGUUUACCGAAGGGUGUCCUUUCUGGCACAAAAAACUUCAAUUAAAAGUACCAAAAAUAUAUUGUUUGGAUCCAUACUAAGUUAUAUUUAACGCAGUGUUUUGUUCACACCUCUUCAAUUACUUUUUUAAUUCAGUAAACAAAGACAAAAUACUGCGUAACUAGUCUAAACAUAGUUUCUCUUUCUCUUAUAAUGGGAUAAGUGUUUAAAUUACUUUACUGAUGUUCUUAAGAGUAUAUAUUUUAUAUAGACUGAAAUGAAUAUGUAUUGUCAAUAAUCAUGUUAAAGAAAACAGGAAUGGUGAUUUUGAACAUAAUUUUUGUGAAAAAUACGUGUUUUUAAAGAGAAUUGUACCCUUAAGUAUUAAGAUCAUUAUUUUUUUAAAUAAGUAAUCAUGUAUAUUUUGUAUCCAUAAUUUUUAUUGACCAUGAUGAAAUUCUAAAGGAUUCAUGUGCGUUUUUUUCAUCUUCCAAAAAAAUUUUGGGACUUUCAAAAUCACCACGUAUCUGGGUUUGUAUUUCAAAGUACUUACUUGUUGAUUUUGAUUUGCUCA